UCGCUCUGAUUCAUCGUUAAAAUAAAGAGGCCAUGACCCUGGCACUCCCACCCCGGCAGACCCUGUGCGUGGAAACCCAGCCAAGGUCUGAUGAUGGAGGAGCCUUGGCCCUGGCUGUCCCAGGGGAAGAGGUGAAAUUCCUCAGCUCUCCACCAAGAUUGGCCACAAAAGCCUGAUCCCCUGGAACACAGCAGGCCUCACCUAGAGGGUCAGCCAUUGGAUCAUAGGAACUGCCCUGGCUUGACUCACCCAAUAUGGAGGAGGUGCCUGGGGAUGCCCCGUGUGAACACUUUGAGGCCAACAUGCUUACCCAGAACCGCUGUCAAAACUGCUUCCACCCUGAAGAGGCCCAUGGAGCAAGAUACCAGGAGCUCAGGAGCCCUUCAGGUGCUGAGGUGCCCUACUGCGACCUGCCUCGAUGCCCGCCUGCCCCUGAGGACCCACUCAGCGCCUCAACCUCCGGCUGCCAGUCUGUGGCGGACCCGGGCCUCAGGCCAGAGCCCAAGAGGGGCCCAUCCCCCUCAGCAGGGCUCCCGGAAGAGGGUCCCACAGCUGCCCCCAGAAGCAGGAGCCGGGAGCUUGAGGCAGUGCCCUAUCUGGAGGGCCUGACCACUUCCCUGUGUGGCAGCUGCAACAAGAACCCUGGCUCUGACCCCACCUCCAGCCCUGACUCCGCCACCCCUGAUGAUACCAGCAACUCGUCCUCUGUGGACUGGGACACUGUUGAGAGGCAGGAGGAGGCCCCCAGCUGGGACGAGCUCGCAGUGAUGAUCCUGAGGAGGCCUCGGGAGAGGCCGAGAGCUGACAGCUCCCAAAGGGCUCCGUCUCUCCUCACCAGGUCCCCUGUGGGAGGAGAUGCUGCAGGCCAGAAAAAGGAGGACACCGGUGGUGGGGGCUGGAGCGCAGGACAGCACUGGGCAAGGCUCCAGGGAGAAAGCAGGUUCUCCCUGGAGCGGCACCGGUCAACACUGACCCAGGCUUCCUCCAUGACACCACACAGCGGACCUCGAAGCACCACGUUUCAGGCUUCUCCUGCCCAAAGGGACACUGCUCAGGCUGCCUCUACACGUGAAACCCCCAGAGCCUCCUCUCCCCACCGAAUCACCCAAAGGGACACCUCCAGGGCCUCAUCCACCCAAGAGGACACCCCCAGGGCCUCAUCUACACAGUGGAACACCCCCAGAGCUUCCUCUCCCUCACGAAGCACCCAACAGGAUAACCCCAGAACCUCUUCUACCCAGCAGGACAACCCCCAAACUUCUUUUCCUACUUGUACUCCCCAACGGGAAAACCCCAGGACACCCUGUGUCCAGCAGGACGAUCCCAGAGCCUCCUCUCCCAACAGAACCACUCAACGAGAGAAUUCCAGAACAUCCUGUGCCCAGCGGGACAAUCCCAGAGCCUCCAGAACCUCCUCUCCCAAUAGAGCCACACAAGACAGCCCCAGAACAUCCUGUGCCCAGCAGGACAAUCCCAGAGCCUCCUCUCCUAACAGAACCACCCAACAAGAGAACCCCAGAACAUCCUGUGCCCGACGGGACAAUCCCAGAGCCUCCUCUCCCAACAGAACCACCCAACAAGACAGCCCCAGAACAUCCUAUGCCCGAUGGGACAAUCCCAGAGCCUCCUCUCCCAACAGAACCACCCAACGAGGCAGCCCCAGAACAUCCUGUGCCCGAUGGGACAAUCCCAGAGCCUCCUCUCCCAACAGAACCAUCCAACAGGACAACCCCAGAACAUCCUGUGCCCGACGGGACAAUCCCAGAGCCUCCUCUCCCAACAGAACCACCCAACGAGGCAGCCCCAGAACAUCCUGUGCCCGAUGGGACAAUCCCAGAGCCUCCUCUCCCAACAGAACCAUCCAACAGGACAACCCCAGAACAUCCUGUGCCCGACGGGACAAUCCCAGAGCCUCCUCUCCCAACAGAACCACUCAACGAGACAGCCCCAGAACAUCCUGUGCCAGAUGGGACAAUCCCAGAGCCUCCUUUCCUAACAGAACCACCCAACAAGAGAACCCCAGAACAUCCUGUGCCCGACGGGACAAUCCCAAAGCCUCCUCUCCCAUCAGAGCCACCCAACAGGACAACCCCAGAACAUCCUGUGCCCAGCGGGACAAUCCCAGAGCCUCCUCUCCCAUCAGAGCCACCCAACAGGACAACCCCAGAACUUGUAUUCAACAGAACAUCCCCAGAUCAUCUUCUACCCAACAAGACAACCCUAAAAUCUCUUGUACCAAAUGGGAUAACCUCAGACGCACUAGUACACAGCGGGACCGCACACAGUCCUUUUCCUUUCAACGAGACAACCCUGGAACCUCCUCAUCUCAAUGCUGCACCCAAAAGGAGAAUCUGAGACCAUCAUCUCCCCACCGCUCCACUCAAUGGAAGAAUCCCAGGAAUUCAUCUCCCCAUCGUACUAACAAAGACAUCCCCUGGGCCUCGUUUCCCCUCCGGCCAACUCAGAGUGAUGGUCCCCGAACCUCUUCCCCAUCUCGCUCCAAGCAAAGUGAGGUUCCCUGGGCAUCCAUUGCCCUCCGGCCAACCCAAGGUGACAGGCCUCAGACAUCCUCUCCCAGCAGGCCAGCCCAGCAUGACCCACCCCAGUCCUCCUUUGGCCCCACCCAGUACAACUUGCCAUCCCGGGCCACCUCUUCCCCCCAUAACCCAGGCCACCAGAGCACCUCCCGGACUUCCUCACCUGUGUACCCCGCUGCCUAUGGGGCUCCCCUGACCUCUCCUGAGCCCUCCCAGCCUCCAUGUGCUGUGUGCAUUGGGCACCGGGAUGCCCCUCGAGCCUCUUCGCCCCCUCGCUAUUUGCAGCACGACCCCUUCCCCUUCUUCCCAGAGCCCCGCGCCCCUGAGAGAGAAUUGCCCCAGCACGAGUCUCCCUAUAUACCACCUGCUGUGUGCAUUGGACACCGAGAUGCCCCCCGGGCGUCCUCGCCCCCCCGCCACACCCAAUUUGACCCCUUCCCCUUCCUCCCAGACACAUCAGAUGCCGAGCAUCAGUGUCAGUCCCCCCAACACGAGCCCCUUCAUCUCCCUGCACCUGUGUGUAUUGGGUACCGAGACGCACCCCGGGCCUCCUCCCCACCACGCCAGGCCCCAGAGCCUUCCCUCUUAUUCCAGGACCUCCCCAGGGCCAGCACAGAGAGCCUUGUCCCUUCCAUGGACUCUCUGCACGAGUGCCCCCACAUCCCCACCCCUGUGUGCAUUGGGCACCGGGAUGCACCCUCCUUCUCAUCCCCACCACGCCAGGCUCCUGAGCCAUCCCUCUUCUUCCAGGACCCCCCUGGAACUAGUAUGGAGAGCCUGGCCCCCUCCACUGACUCUCUGCAUGGCUCCCCAUUGCUGAUCCCCCAAGUGUGCAUCGGGCACCGGGAUGCACCCCGAGCCUCCUCCCCACCCCGCCACCCACCCAGUGACCUAGCGUUUCUGGCACCCUCACCUUCGCCGGGCAGCUCCGGGGGCUCCCGGGGCUCAGCGCCUCCCGGGGAGACCAGGCACAACUUGGAGCGGGAGGAGUACACUGUGCUGGCUGACCUGCCCCCACCCAGGAGGCUGGCCCAGAGACAGCCAGGGCCCCAGGCGCAGUGCAGCAGCGGGGGCCGCACCCGCAGCCCUGGCCGCGCAGAGGUGGAGCGCCUCUUCGGGCAAGAGCGCAGGAAGUCCGAGGCAGCGGGGGCCUUCCAGGCCCAGGAUGAGGGACGGUCACAGCAGCCCAGCCAAGGCCAGAGCCAACUUCUCCGAAGACAGUCCAGCCCUGCCCCCAGCAGGCAGGUGACCAAGCUCCCUGCCAAACAGGCAGAACUGACCCGGCGGAGCCAAGCAGAGCCCCCUCACCCUCGGAGUCCUGAGAAGAGACCUGAGGGAGAUCGGCGGCUCCAGGGGUCCCCGCCACCCCCAAGGACAUCAGCCAGGACCCCUGAGAGGGAGCUGGGGACACAGGGACCUCUGGAGAGUGGCCGAGCAGGCCCAAGACAGCCUCUGGGGGCGUGGCAGAGCCAGGAGGAACCGCCAGGGUCCCAGGGCCCUCAUAGACACCUGGAGAGGAGCUGGAGCAGCCAGGAGGGAGGCCUGGGCCCUGGGGACUGGCGGGGAUGUGGAGAGCCCAGCCUGGGGGCAGCCAAAGCCCCGGAAGGAGCAUGGGAGGGCACUCCCAGCGAGUACAGGGAGAGCUGGGGGCAGCCGGAGGCCUGGGAGGAGAAGCCCACUCAUGAGCUCCCCAGAGAACUAGGGAAGAGUAGCCCACUCACGAGCCCCCCUGAGAACUGGGGAGGCCCCGCAGAGUCCUCACAAUCCUGGCACCCUGAGACACCCACUGCUGUGGGCUGGGGGGCAGAGGGAGCGUGUCCAUACCCGCAUGGCUCUGAGAGGCGACCCGAGCUUGACUGGAGGGAUCUGCUUGGCCUUCUCCGGGCACCAGGAGAGGGGGCCUGGGCCCGUCUCCCCAGCCUGGACUGGGAGGGCCUCUUGGAGCUCCUGCAGGCCAGGCUGCCCCGCAAGGACCCAGCUGGACACAGGGAUGACCCGGCCAGGGCUUUAGGGCCAGAGCUGGGUCCCCCAGGCACAAAGGAUGUCCCUGAGCAGGAGUCACACAGCCAGCCAGAAGGCUGGGCCGAGGCCUCCCCAGUCAAUGGCCAGAGCCCUGCACUGCAGUCCCAGAGCCCGGUCCAGCUGCCCAGCCCUGCCUGCACCUCCACCCAGUGGCCAAAGAUCAAAGUGACAAGAGGACCAGCGACUGCAACUCUAGCAGGCCUGGAGCAGAUGGGCCCCCUGGGGAGCAGGAGCGCUGCGGAGGGCCCCAGCUUGCCAGAGCUGCAGUUCCAACCAGAGGAGCCUGAGGAGUCAGAACCAAGCAGAGGCCAAGACCCCCUGACUGACCAGAAGCAGGCAGACUCGGCAGACAAGAGGCCAGCAGAGGGCAAGGCUGGGAGCCCGCUCAAGGGCCGACUGGUGACCUCAUGGCGGAUGCCCGGGGACCGGCUCACGCUGUUCAAUCCGUUCCUGCUGUCUCUGGGGGUCCUCAGGUGGCGAAGGCCCGAUCUGCUCAACUUCAAGAAGGGAUGGAUGUCGAUCUUGGACGAGCCUGGAGAGCCUCCCUCCCCCUCGCUCACCACCACCUCUACUUCGCAGUGGAAGAAACAUUGGUUUGUGCUGACAGAUUCAAGUCUCAAAUAUUACAGAGACUCCACUGCUGAGGAGGCAGAUGAGCUGGAUGGUGAGAUCGACCUGCGUUCCUGCACGGAUGUCACUGAGUACGCGGUGCAGCGCAACUAUGGCUUCCAGAUCCACACCAAGGAUGCUGUCUAUACCUUAUCGGCCAUGACCUCGGGCAUACGGCGGAACUGGAUUGAGGCUCUGAGAAAGACCGUGCGUCCAACUUCAGCCCCAGAUGUCACCAAGCUCUCGGACUCUAAUAAGGAGAACGCGCUGCACAGCUACAGCACCCAGAAGGGCCCCCUGAAGGCAGGGGAGCAGCGGGCGGGCUCUGAGGUCAUCAGCCGGGGUGGCCCUCGGAAGGCGGAUGGGCAGCGUCAGGCCUUGGACUACGUGGAGCUCUCCCCGCUGACCCAGGCUUCCCCGCAGCGGGCCCGCACCCCGGCCCGCACUCCUGACCGCCUGGCCAAGCAGGAGGAGCUGGAGCGGGACCUGGCCCAGCGCUCCGAGGAGCGGCGCAAGUGGUUUGAGGCCACAGACAGCAGGACCCCAGAGGUGCCAGCUGGUGAGGGGCCGCGCCGGGGCCUGGGUGCCCCCCUGACUGAGGACCAGCAAAACCGGCUCAGUGAGGAGAUUGAGAAGAAGUGGCAAGAGCUGGAGAAGCUGCCCCUGCGGGAGAAUAAGCGGGUACCCCUCACUGCCCUGCUCAACCAAAGCCGCGGAGAGCGCCGAGGGCCCCCAAGUGACGGCCACGAGGCACUGGAGAAGGAGGUUCAGGCUCUUCGGGCCCAGCUGGAGGCGUGGCGUCUCCAAGGGGAGGCUCCUCAGAGCACACUGAGAUCCCAGGAGGAUGGCCACAUCCCCCCGGGCUACAUCUCACAGGAGGCAUGUGAGCGCAGCCUGGCAGAGAUGGAGUCCUCACACCAGCAGGUGAUGGAGGAGCUGCAGCGGCACCACGAGCGGGAGCUGCAGCAGCUGCAGCAGGAGAAGGAGUGGCUCCUGGCUGAGGAGACGGCAGCCACGGCCUCAGCCAUUGAAGCCAUGAAGAAGGCCUACCAGGAAGAGCUGAGCCGAGAGCUGAGCAAAACACGGAGUCUCCAGCAGGGCCCAGAUGGCCUCCGGAAGCAGCACCAGUCAGAUGUGGAGGCACUGAAGCGGGAGCUGCAGGUGCUAUCGGAGCAGUACUCGCAGAAGUGCCUGGAGAUAGGGGCGCUCACGCGGCAGGCCGAGGAGCGCGAGCACACGCUGCGCCGCUGCCAGCAGGAGGGCCAGGAGCUGCUGCGCCACAACCAGGAGCUGCAUGGCCGCCUGUCAGAGGAGAUAGACCAGCUGCGUGGCUUCAUUGCCUCGCAGGGCAUGGGCAACGGCUGCGGGCGCAGCAAUGAGCGGAGUUCCUGCGAGCUGGAGGUGCUGCUUCGCGUAAAGGAGAAUGAACUCCAGUACCUGAAGAAGGAGGUGCAGUGCCUCCGGGAUGAGCUCCAGAUGAUGCAGAAGGACAAGCGCUUCACCUCGGGAAAGUACCAGGACGUCUAUGUGGAGCUGAGCCACAUCAAGACACGGUCCGAGCGGGAGAUCGAGCAGCUGAAGGAGCACCUGCGCCUUGCCAUGGCCGCCCUCCAGGAGAAGGAGUCGAUGCGCAACAGCCUGGCUGAGUAGAGGUCCCGCCCAGCUGCAGACCCUCCAGGCUGGAGGACCAGCCGCCCUCCUUCCCUCCUGGAUGGAAGUCAAAAGCCAAGCUUUCUCCCCACCCUCUGUGGGCCACAUGUGCACCUGCACCCACCACACACACACACACAGAUACAGACACAUACACACACACGUGCACACAUGUACACACGGACACACACACACACACACACACACACACACACACACACUGCGUAUCUGAGCGCGCCCCUCGCACUGGGUCUUACCUUGCACCUUCUUCAGGAUUUUAUAUGUGAAGAGAUUUUUAUAUAGUUUUUUUCCUUUUUUUCCAAAACACUUUAUACUUUAAAAAAAAAAAAAAAGCAAUUCCUGGUGGCCGUGUGCCUCCAACCCUGGUCCCCCCUCUGUCUCCAGCCACCCUCUGCUUGGGCUUCUGAGCUGGUGGCCCUGGCCCAGGGGUCUGGCGGAGGCCCAGGCAGCGGCCAUGGCGGGGUGUCUCUGCAGGGGAGAGGCAGGAGCCUGCCACCCUCUUCCUAUCCUACCUCCUACUAACACUUCCUGCCCCAUUUGGACCCGUACCAUGGGGCUCAGGACAGAGGGAGCUAGCAGCUGGCCUCCAUGGCCCCACAGCCUCCUUCGAGGCUGUGCUGGGUGCAGAACCGCCAGAGCCACCCAAAAGGUGUUUCUCUCUGCUCCCUGAACCUCUUAACUUAAUAAAACGUUCCAGCAGC